UUUAAUUUUCAUUUCGAUUUUUGGCAUUUAUUUGUAAUUUUCUGCAGCGACUCUAUGUCAGAGGAACAAUCGUUGGAUACAAGAGUGUGUUUGGCUUCUAUUGCAGCCCUGUUCAAGAUUUUGGGAUAAUUUUCUUGAAUACUUUUCUGGUUGAUUAAUGGCAAGAGUUAGAGAUAGAACUGAGGAUUUUAAAGAUGCUGUGCGACAUACUGCUGUUUCUUUGGGUUAUGAUGAGUCCAAAUUGGCAGUCAUAAUGGCAUCUUUCAUAAUUCAUAAACCUAGGCAAAGAUCAUCUUUUACCAAAGCUGCUCUCAAGACUCUUGAAAGUAUUGGAGCUUUGGAAAAGUUUAUGUUAAAGCAUCGAAAAGAUUAUGUGGAUUUGCAUCGCACAACUGAACAGGAAAGAGAUAGCAUUGAGCAUGAAGUUAUUGCUUUUAUUAAAGCCUGCAAAGAACAAAUUGAUAUUCUAAAGAAUAGCAUAAAUGAUGAUGAAGCAAAUUCGAAGGGCUGGCUUGGCCUUAGAGCUGACAACUCCAAUACUGAUGCUGUUGCUCACAAACAUGGAGUGGUUUUGAUUUUAAGUGAGAAACUCCAUUUAGUCACUGCACAGUUUGAUCAUCUCAGAGCCGUCCGUUUUCAAGAUGCUAUCAAUCGGGCAGCACCAAGAAGAAAAUUUAAACAUGUUGCAGAUUCAAAUGCAUCAGAUACCUCAAAAUCAAACAUUUUGGAGAUCAGGGAGCCUGAUGGACCUCAACCUGAAUCUCUUAGUGUCCAGCAACAAUUAUUGGAUGAUGAAACCCGAGCCCUUCAGGUAGAGUUGAGCAGUCUCCUUGAUGCUGUUCAACAAACUGAAACUAAGAUGGUUGAAAUGUCUGCAUUGAAUCACCUCAUGUCAACAUAUGUUCUGCAACAAGCCCAACAAAUAGAGGUUCUUUAUGACCAGGCUGUUGAAGCUACUAAGAAUGUAGAGCUUGGUAACAAAGAACUCUCCCAAGCUAUCCAACGGAAUAGCAGCAGCAGGACCUUUCUUUUGCUUUUCCUGUUUGUACUGACGUUUUCAAUCCUCUUUCUUGAUUGGUAUAAUUAAAUUUUACUUAUUUGAUCACUUAAAAAUGGUCCCUUGUAUUUUUCCAUUUUGUGUUAUAUGAAGAGACUGAAAUUUGGCUUCUCAACUAUUCUUGUAUUUAUUAUUUUAUAUUAACUUAUAAAGAUGAUUUUGUACUGUAAAA